AUGCUGAAUAUGGAGACCUCGUCACUUUGCGGUGCUUUGGAUGCCUGCGCAGUGCCAGAAGCCUUGCAAAACUGGCGAAGGAGCCUUCUUCUUCGAGUUGGCGGUUUUGAUGCAGCCGUUGAUUCCCUUUUGCAGAUGGCCAGCUGCAUUCUCCAUGGCGAGGCAACAGCACAUGCUCUUCUGCUGAAGGGGCCGCCGGGAUCUGGAAAGACCUAUUUGGCCACUGUCUUUGCCGAGUCUGUGGGUGUGAAGCAAGGCCUGGCAGGGGCUUGCCCUUCCAUGUUACAUGGACAAGCGAACAGAGAAGGCGUGGCAAUCUUCCGAACGAAUUUGUCGUUGUCUACAGCUCGGGCUCGACAACGUGCACAAGGCAUGCAGAUACAACCAACAUUGGAGGUUUUGCUGCUGGAAGGUGCAGAAGGUCUUGUGGAGAAAAGCGGCGAAGAGAGCACAGAGGAGGCUCAGCUGUGUCUGAAAGAAGUUUUCGUCGAGCUGCUACGUCAAGAGAUGCAGAUGUGGUAUCGCGAACGGCUUCCUAUCCUCCUGCUGGUGCCGUGGCCGGAGAGUGCCGCGAGUAGCCUGGAGUUUGGUCCGAUUGGGUCCGUGGUUUUGCCAGUGCCGCUAGGCUGGAAACAGCGCGAGGCCGUGCUCCAGGUUUCUUUGCGGAACGUGGAACUGGAGGAGACCAUUGUCUUGAUGCCCUGGCUGGUGGAAAUCACAGCUGGCUUCCUGCCUUCAGACUUGGUGGCUCUCUGUCGUGCAGCCGCUUUGACGGCCGCUGCAGGCGAAGGCACCAGUGCAAAGUUGAGGAAAAGUCACUUCGAGUCAGCUCGAGCUCUUGUGGAUCCUGCGGCCAUUCGUGGAACUUGUGCCAUGAAACCACAAGUGCUGAACCUUUUGAAGACUGCGUCCCCAGGCUUGGAUGCGGUGAUCGGCCAGGAUGCAGCAGUCCUUCUUCUGCGAUCCAUGAUAGUUCAACCUUUCAGGUGUAUGCAGAAUGAGGAAACAUGCAGCACCGAACCACCGAUUGGAAUUCUGCUGAGUGGGUGCCCUGGUAGUGGCAAGACCUUUCUUGCUGCACAGCUGGCAGCCGAACUUUCGACCCACCUUUUCAACGCGUCUCCGGCUGAUCUGUUGGCAUCACGUGUUGGUGAUGCUGAGAAGCACCUUUCAUCCCUCUUCAGAUCAGCCAGAGGCUGCGCGCCUAGUGUCAUUGUGCUGGAGGACCUCGAAAACCUAGCAGCUGGAGCUGGAGACGUCGGAGAAGCGGAAUCGGCACCCGAGACUUGCAUCUCUUACGUUCUCCGGCAGGAGCUCGACACGAUCAAGGCCAGGCGACAGGAGCACCGAGAACUCCGAGCCGGCGUCUCUUACAGCCCACGGGCCUCCGAGGCUUUGAUGCUCGUCGUGGGAACUUCGACGAAGGUCCAACAUCAGCUGCCGAGCUGGCUUCUUGCGCCUUACCGCUUCUCAACUUGUCUUCAACUCACACCCAAGCUCACAGAGAAGGACGUGCUUGCCCUGAUGCAACGGCAUCUGGGGAAUCAAGCCACGAGGUUUCAGCCUGAUGAGGAUGUGCUGGAAUCUCUCUGCAAGGUGACCUAUGCCGACGUGGUGGCUGCAUGUCGAGCUGCUUCUGUCACAGCACUUCGAAGGGUCAUCCACACAGAGCGCCCAUCACCCAAUGGCAGGGUUGAGCUGACGUCGCAGUGGAUGGCAAGCGUUCGAUGUGCAGCCUUCAAGGCACCGCUGGGCUCAUGGGAGCCAAGCUCCGCUGAUCUGGACGUCGCGCUCUACUCUGGCCUUGGCGCGGCGGAUUCCAUGAAUGGCACGACAGACGUGGAGGGCAUACAGGUCUCUGAGUUUGCCGGUGAGGAGUUCGAGGUUCGAUGCAAAGUGGUUGGAGGUUCGCAGAUCUUUGGCCAAGGUCGUGUGGGAGUGCUGCGACCAGUUCCCAGCCUGAUGGGAUGCUAUACUGAUCGACCAGCGGAUCCAGAUCUGCCAGAAGACCGCGGCAGCCAAGUUCAGACAGUACGUCCGAUCAGAUUGUAUUGUGGCUCAGCCAUUCCAAGCUCUGCGCCUCCGAAAACAAUGGCAGGAUUGCAUCUGAUGUCUGCUGGCUCGCUAACAGGAAGGGAACCGUGGCGCGCAGACGCAGGUACCCAGAAUCGUCGUUCAGUUGUCGACUUGCAGGAUCUUCAGCACCGAUUUCUGCGAGAGCAGUCAGCUGUCACAUCGGCAUUUGUCGAGAACGUGAAAGCUUUAGGGGAAGAGGUGGCAGCACUGAGGACAAAGGCUGCAAUGUCGAUCGACGUGGCAUCGCGGUCCGAGGCAAUGGUCAAAGAGCUCUGGGACAGGUUUCCCGAGGCCGGUCACGAAGUGCAAAUCCUCAACCCCAAGUUCGAAGCACUCCAGACACGCAUGAAUGUGACCUUGUCGAGUGACAAGACUGGGAGAUUGGAGGAGGUCAAGAAAGCCUUCGAAGGACAACACGCCGCACAUGAGUCCAAGCAGAACUCCAUGGCAUCUCGUUUGGAAGCUCUGGAGUGCAAAGUUGCAGGAUUCAUGGAUGCUCACGAUAAGCAAAAGCAGAUGCUAGAACUACAGAACACAUCCCAUACUGAGAUGGCCAGUCAGGUUAGGGCUCAGGCUGCGCACCACGCUGCCCUUGCUCAGCGUAUGACCCAUGCUGAAGGCUUGAUGGCAGAAGCUGGCCGUAAAAAUUCUCAGGAGAUCCUGGCCCUCGAAAAGCUUGUCGAGCAGCUACAAGCGACUAGGUCCCCAGCGCAACUCUCCAUUGAGGAGCUACGGCAGUCCUUGGCCAGCGCUGAGGCACAAGCUACACAGGCAGCACAACAGGCCGCACUACUUGCGCAGCAGCAGGGCUCUUGGAAUUUGCGCUUGAAGACGUUGGAGGAACGGAACAAAGAUGGCGGCUUCGUAAACUCGAUGCAGGAGCUACAGGCGACUAUUCAGGGAUUGCGUGAAGAGCGCGAUGCGAACUUCCGGUCUGCCGAGCAGCGAUUUGGACACCUGGAGCAGUCCAUGGCCUCCCUGGCAUCCGAGCAGUCCUUUCAACUCCAGAAGUUCCAGCGGAGCUUCCAGGAGAUGCAACAACAAGUUGCCAGUGAGCUGAAUUCGCGCAUGGCUCAUCACACUGCUAUCGACGGCCGUCUUGGCCGAAUGGAGAGCAGCGUACGAAAUUCCCCUGAUGCACAAACUGGACAACAACUGGAAGCCGUGCUCAAGAGCAUCCAGGAGCUUGCGAUCCAGCUUCGAGAUGGCAAAGUCCAGUUGGAUGAGCUGCAAAAGGUCACGGCUGAGCUGCGCACCAGGCACGAAGCCCUCAAGGAGCUGUCAGAGGCAGACAAGGCGGCCAAAAACUCUGUGGAUGCACGGCUGUACCGAUUGGAGAAGGCAUUUUCCUCCCAGGCGCAAGAGCUGCAAGGGUUCCUGUGCAAAGCCCAGGAGUUGAAAGGUCAGGACCUAGCCAAAGAGUCCAAAGGGCACAGGGCACCCGACCUGCGGCUGCCGACGGAGGCAACGCGAGAGGGCCAGGGCCGGAAUCCAUCCAAGGAUUUGAGAGGUGAUCCGCUGGCAUUGACCGUUGCUGGCAAAGAAACGACUACUGAGUGGAUGGACAUAUCGCCGGAACAUCGCAGCUUCUUCCAGAAUGUGACCGCCGUAAUCAUGCAGGAUUCGGCGCCCUCAGUCUCGUUGCCUCCGCUUGCACCUCACUCGGGAAUGGCAAGGAUUGAAGAAUGUUGUCAGCGUGCUUGGAAUCUCCUGCAGUAUUCGAGAGCCGAUGCCUGCUUCGGUUUCCGCUACUUCGGCCUCCAGUUGCGGGGAAAGUGCGGCUGUGGAGAUGACUAUGGCCAAUACGGGGAGCAGAAGCCGAACAUCACUGCUGGCAUCCCAGGGUGUGACUGCAAUGGCCCAUACUUCGCCUAUCAUGCGAAUUGCGUAUGGGAGCAGACGAGUGGUCGAUUCGGGGACGAGACGAUGUUACCUUUGCAGACACAGUCUGUGACCACGACAUCAGCAGAAAUGUUGGCAGCAGUGGACAAGAACACCCGAAUUCGUUGUAAUGUCACCGCGAUUGGCAUCAGCACAAUUCCCCGAACAUCUGCUAUUUGUAGCAGCAGGGGCUGCACCUUGUCCAUGACGAAUUUGGCUCCAUCGACAACAUACACAGUGUCAUGUGAAGCUGAAGCAGAUGUCCGACACAGAAGCAAGCGCUUGGCUACCCUCCUGGUCAGAACUCUCGAUCCAUAUGUUCCUCCCGCAACGCCGGCACCGACUCGACCACCACUGGAUCUCACUGAGCCAGAGUAUGCCCUGGAGAGCUCGGCAGCUCCUAUCCUGUUAUCUCCGCAUGGUGACCCUCCCUGGACAUGGUUACCUUUCGUUGCAGGUGCGGCAGCCUGCCUUUCGCUUUUCCCGUCGCUUCAGUGCUGCACCAGUGGCAAGCGAUCAGCUGUGCUUGCAUCACUCGAGCUUCCGCAUACUUUCUGGCUGGUUUGGGAGCUUGUCUUGGUAGCAGAUGCUGCGCUCGGUGCCGUUUUCCUCUUGGAUCUGCUGAACAGCCGCUACGAGCGGGAAGCGCCAUAUUGGGAUGAGCUUAGCCUCUUUCAAGCUGCCGUUUUGACAUAUCAAGCAGCUAUCCACGGCCUUGCAUUUCUGUUUUUCGGAUUCUUUCCGUCGGCUAUGCGCUGCCUCGCUCAUGAGCUUGGUCGAGAUCGCCCAGGCCACAACUGGACACUGCUCCGACAUAAGGGAAGACAGCACCGCACUGGUGUCAAGAGCCACAAGUCGUCAUUGCCACCAGAGUUGGAUGCGCAGCAAAACCCUUCAGCCCUCCACUUUCUUCCAGCAGCAUCGCUCUUGGCAGUCUGCCAAGCCAGCGACCAUGACAUGCAGCUUGUUGUGCCACGAAAGUUUGGAAUCAACAGCAUUCAUUUGUUUGCUAGCGCAGUGCAAGCUGCCUGCGCGGCAUUUUACGCAUCUCACUCCUGGCCAAUGCAAGCCUCCUUAGGAGCAAGCAUUGCCUGCAUGUGUACGUUUGUUGUGAUGGGCAUCUUUGCAUCCUUGGCAAUGUUGCGUGUGUAUCAGAUUAACAAAGAGGGUCUUGUACAGCUAGAUGCCAGGCUGGAAGCGCAGGCAAUCCAGUCCCCCGGGCUACGCUCUGCGUCUGCUGGGGGAUCUGCGCCGCUGCCACCCAGAGUUGGCCUACAGGGGCCCCCUUCCCGAGGUGCUCGGCCUCUGGGCAAAGCCCAGGGCAAUGGCAGAACUUGA